ACCAUACGAAACAACUGAAAAAACAGAUAAGUCUCCAAAUUGUUUAUUUCUUUAUAAAAUAAAAAUAAAAAUAAAAAACUCCAAAUGAUUUCGGUUACGCCCUCUCUUUUCGUCCACAGAACCCCGACCUCCUACUUCUUCUUCACCACCACCAUUACUACCAGACGAUCAAAACCCAGCUUUCCCGCUCUGUCAGUUUGGUCCUCGUCGUCGCCGUCGGGUCUCUAUGAGAUCGCCGACAAGUCGGAGAAGCGCCAAGAGCUCGGGUCGGAGCUCUACUCGUCGGCGCCGUUCCCGGAGAUCAAGGCGGCGAAGCGGGUGGUGCUGGUGAGGCAUGGGCAGAGCACGUGGAAUGAGGAAGGAAGGAUCCAAGGGAGCUCCGACUUCUCGGUUCUCACCAAUAAAGGCGAGGCUCAGGCCGAGACCUCCCGCCAAAUGCUCAUCGAUGAUUCCUUCGACGUUUGCUUCUCCAGUCCUCUUUUACGAUCAAGGAGAACUGCUGAAAUCAUAUGGGGAAGCCGUAAUGAGGAGAUACUUACUGAUCCUGAUUUGAGAGAAAUCGACCUGUAUUCCUUUCAAGGGCUUUUAAAGCAUGAAGGGAAAGCAAAAUUUGGCGAAGCUUUUCGACAAUGGCAGGUAGAUGCUGCGAAUUUCAACAUCGAUGGUCAUUAUCCAGUGAGAGAAUUGUGGGCUCGUGCUAGAAAUUGCUGGAACAAAAUACUUGCACAUGAGGGCGGGUCCAUUCUUGUGGUUGCUCACAAUGCUGUUAAUCAGGCUCUUGUUGCAACUGCUAUUGGAUUAGGAACGAAGUACUUCAGGAUAUUGCUUCAGAGUAAUUGUGGAGUGAGUGUGCUGGAUUUCACUCCUCGACUUGAGGUUGGAUCACCGCUUAUUUGUCUCAAUCGUCUGAAUCAGACACCGAAUUCACCCGUGGCUGGUGGAAGUUUUGGAGGAAGGAAAACCAGCAAGAGGAUCAUACUUGUGUGUCAUGGAUCCACCCUGACAAAUACAGAGGCUAGCUCUCAUUUUUCUGAGGAUCAAACAAUGAACAUGCUUGGAGUUAUACAGUCCCAAAAGACUGCUGAGCUACUUCUUGAUUUGAAAGUUAGUUCCAUUGUUAGCAGUCCAAAGAAAGCUUGUGUACAAACAGCAAUAGCCAUCUCCAGUGUACAAGAAGCUGCAGAUUGCUUGGGUGCCGACUGUGUGCCUCGCUAUGUGGAAAUGAAGCAGUUGGGGAACCUUAAUGUUGAAAGCAUCCUUCAGCAAGUGAAGAAGGAUUCCAAUGUGGUCUCAAGCCUUCAGCCCGGUUCGUUAAAUGGGUUUGAGGACACGGUCCUCUCAGCGGUCUGGGAUCAAUCGGAACAGGCUUGGCAGUAUUUGCUUAAGGAACUAGCUAGUGGAAUUGAACAAGAAAGAAUUGUUGUUGUUGUUGGCGAUCCUGCUAUUCACAUAGCGCUUUUGGCACACUGUCUAAAUCUGACGAAGGAAUGGGUGGGAUCAUUUCAUCUCGAUGAUGGAAGCAUCAGUGUCGUCGAUUUUCCCGAUGGCCCUGCCGGUGGAGGUGUUAUCCGAUGCAUAAACUAUACUGCUCAUUUAGGGAGAUGGUCAAUACCCAUCACAAGAUCAACAGUGGAUGAUGAAGAGUUCUAGAUUAUAAAUACUUGUGAAAAAGGCCAUUUAAAUAAAGUGCUUAUUAUCUACCUGAAAAAUCCACAUAGAUUUUCACACUUGAGGAACAAACAAUGAGGUUGAAAAAAAAGAAAGAAAAAAAAAAGAUCUAUGCCUUUUGGAAGGUUACAAUUUAUGCAAA